UAAAAAUAAUUACCGAUUAAUUGAUUGAUUGGCCACUGUAUGCGGUCACUGACCAAACCGACAGUGUGUCCAUUGAUUUAUAAAUAAUUAAUUUCAAGACAUUUGCAAAAAAUGCAUUAUUUAUGGCAAAUAUAUUGCUAUUGUCCGCGCGUUAGCGCACAACACGUGUUGUCCCGAUGCGUGACAACGAUCCCGAUCGCUGGCCAUUACCGCGGCGGACAAUUGAUGACCGUCGCUGGACAACAGUGGCGACUAUUGGCCACAUCGAAUAAUCCCCGAAAAGAUGUGGUGGUCGACCCGCAAGUCAAGAAAAUUAAGUCACAUCUGAUGAUGAAAGCGACCAAAUCGGCCGGCAAUAGUCAAGACCCGGACGCGGCCACAGCUGCCGCCGAUGGCCAACAACAACAACAACUCAAAGCAACCCUAUUGUAUAGCAACGAACGUAGCCGACACUAUCGGCUAUUGUUUUGCCUGAAUAUAUUGCAAUACGCUUUCUGGCUAUAUCUGGCCAAUCAAGGACUCGUACUAAUUGUUAAGCAACCGAAAACCAAAUCGGCCGACGAUUUCCAACAGGAACUCAUGACUACCGGUACCGCCGGCCCGGACAGUGACCUCAACGAACGAUUAUUCGGUAAAUGGCGUCUACUGUGGCGCGAAAACUCCACACAACUAUCCGUAUCCAUGGGAUUGUUUGCCGUCAGUCAACUGUUUGCUGCCGUACUCGUACUCUACGCUAUGCGAUCGGUACGCUAUGUUAUACUGGCACCGGGCGGCCAGUAUGUCCGAUUUACAACGUUUUCGGUAACCGGUGCCCAGAACAGGUAUCGCCACUACGAUGUUCCCGUUGGCGAUAUAUCGACACAACAAACCCGCGACGUCGUGGCCAACAAUAUAAUACCCGUGAAAUUGAAGGGCCGUUUCGCUUAUUUUCUAAUCGAUACGAAAAAAGGACGGUUUCAUAGACCGCAACUGUUUGACCAAAUUGUCGGUGUUUUUCGUAUACUUAAGUAA